AAAAUCAAAAGUCCCUGAUUUUAAACUCCUCACAGAAAUUGAUGUCUUCUUCUUUGUAUAGUUUGCUGUCUGUUUGUAUAUCUUGUCCUUGCAUCAGGAAAUUUGAAAAGUAGCCCCACCACCGCAGUCUUGUAGGCGGCUGACCUCACUGAAGCUGGACCUGCAGCUCAUCAUUGCUUCUUUAGAACAUUUCUUUUGAUACAGUGAACAGGUGACUCACUGACUCCAAACCAGCAUGCUGUCUUAUGCCUGAGAUAUAUUGGUAAAAUACUGUUUAUUUGCCUUUACCAUUACAGCAGAUGUCCAUACAUCUGUGUCCAUACAUUGACUCAAGGAUUAUUAUUAUUUAUUUUUUUUCUCUUCACUCUUUAACCAGCUUCAGGUCUGGUGAUACCACCAAAAACACUUCACCCCUUCACUGGAUGUCUUCCGUGCCUUUAAUGAACUGUUCAGCUCAACUCAACUCGUGUAUUCGUCUGCAUGCUUUGUUGUCGCUGCUGCUGUUCCUUUCAAAUGUCAAGCUCGUCCUCUGUUGUCUCUUUUCCUCCUAAAACCUGCUCAGUGAUCUCAUUGAUUAAAUGUCAUGUAGGAACUGCGCUGGCGCAGAAUAAGUGCUGUCAGAAAAAAAAAAAAUCUCGCGCAGGCCCUCCGUAGGCACAGAUGCGUUUGAGACGCGGCCUGAGACGCCACAUGCCAUCACCAUGUUCAAACUCUGGGCAAAAUAUUUUGAGCAACAGCAUAUGCUCCUAAGUAUUAUGGCAGAGACCUCGAAUGGAAGUAGGCUUUCCAGUGUAUAAACAAUGCAUCGUCGGUUUCCGAAAAUUUUUUUGAUGUAAUGAUUGAGGGAGUUUAGUAGCCUAUUAGUAUAUUACAGUCAGCUGGAACUAUAUUGAAUCUGAAAUUGACUGAAUUAACCAGUCCUAUUAAUGUUUCGGUCCUCCCUGCUUAAAAGUUCAUCCAUCUGUAGAAUCACGCAUCAAAACGCGUUUAAAGUGUCUUUUUGCAGCAAUAAGUUCCAGUAGUGUGCAAAAGCAACUUUAUUAACUUCUUCCAGGAGGCGUUCAUUAAAACAAUCUCAGCUGUUUUUCCGCGCGCUCGCAAUCCAUUAAUCUUGGGAAACAUUUUACCAAAGCAUGGAAGUACAAAUUGCGUCCUUGUGUCCGGUAGAACGUUACAAAAUAACGCGGCCCAGUUUUCAGAGGAUCGGGGUGUCAUCCCCUUCUGUCUGCUGAGCAGUCAGCGGGUCCACCUGUAAGAUGCUUCUUAUGAGGGGUGGGACCCAAUCAGCAAUGUCACAAGAAGAGGUGGUCCGUGCACUCGCUUUGGAAAAGGAUUGGAAAAGUAAAGACGGUCUCCUGCGCUGAUUGGGAACCCGGAGGGGAGAACGAGGAGGGCGGGAGGAUUGCGCACAAGAACCUUUUGUGUUUCACUUCUAAUAUCUCACAUAUCAAUAAUUGAACGCGCGAGCAGACGGAACCCAAGCGCUAUGUAUUCAACUGCGCGCAAGCUCGGUAACGGCCUUGAUCCGCUUUCCAAAGGAAGUACUGGUAAAAUUACAGUUCAGAGUCGGUAAGGGGAACUGUUUUAGUCUCGGCUUGAACAGUUUGGAAGGACUUCAUUUUGCAGUGAGGAGAGGUUUGGACUGACUUUGCUUUUCCGUGCGUAGCAGGGGAAUUGAGCGGAAAACGGUUUGUGUCUUUGUGAGAAGACUGCUUUUAGGCGCUGAGUGAAGUGCAUGAUGUUGACGUUGGUGAUAGGCGCAGUGUGGUUAGUGUGCCAUGCAUGCGCACAGAAUGAGACGGAACCCAUCGUACUGGAGGGGAAAUGCUUGGUCGUGUGCGACUCAAAUCCCACCUCAGAUCCCACCGGGACGGCUCUUGGGAUAUCGGUGCGUUCGGGGAGCGCAAAAGUGGCUUUUUCCGUGGUGAGGAACACGAACCACGAACCGUCUGAGAUGAGCAAUAGAACAAUGGUGAUCUACUUUGAUCAGGUUCUUGUGAACGUUGGUAGAAGUUUCGACGAGGAAAGGAGCAAUUUCUUCGCCCCACGCAAAGGGGUAUACAGUUUUAAUUUCCACGUAGUGAAAGUGUAUAACCGUCAAACGAUCCAGGUGAGCCUAAUGCACAAUGGCUGGCCAGUUAUAUCUGCUUUUGCCGGGGAUCAAGACGUCACACGUGAAGCGGCCAGUAAUGCCGUCCUGAUUCAAAUGGAGAAAGGUGACCGUGCCUACCUCAAGCUGGAGCGAGGCAACCUCAUGGGUGGUUGGAAGUUCUCCACAUUCUCUGGCUUCCUGGUCUUCCCCCUGUAGAGACAGGCACACCACGGAGGGACUAUUGCUCUUUAGCUCGCUGGCUUCUGAGAGAUAGGAGGGAUAUGAGGGUGGAUGAGAGAUAAAAUGAUAGUGAGAAUGUAAUGUUAAAAAAAUAUGGAAAGAGAAAAUUAUUGUGGCAGGCUCUCAGUCGCACUCACUUUGCUCUGCUGCUUUACUACAGCACUGGACAGCCAAAACUUUUUGUAUUAUCCUUCUAAUAAAUGAUAAUUGAAAUUAUAUGGAAAGAAAACAUACAGAGGAUAGUAUGACAUCCCCCCCAACAUUGCAAUUCACCCUCAGAAAUUGUCAUCUGUUUUAAGGAUUGUCCUUCAGCAGCACAGAUCGCCAUUUCAAACAGGUCACAUCUUUGUAUAUUCUCAGCAUACAUACAUACAGUGAGUCUUAAAUGCCAUUGUCAUUCCAGCUCUACUGCUCCUCUAAGUCAACCUUACUUUUCACAGAGAGAGCGUCUUCACUCUGUCAUGACUGAAGGAUCUCUGAAUCCCCACAAAAGACUGCAUACUGGAUAUAUACAUAUAUAAAUACAUAAAAAGUUUUAAAGUUUCUAAAUUAUUAUGAUAUACUCAUUGCCUAAAUGAAUCUGGUCGAUUCUGUAUUUCUGUAUUUCAGUGUUAAUACUUAGUGAUUGUGUGUGGAUUAUCAGGCUGCUGUCCAAUUACCAAUGCUUCUUGUUUUUGUUUCGGUCGAAAAUGUGGCUAAGAUGAAACUAUAUCAGAAAUACUAUAAAGUACAAAGUUUUAUUAUCAUUGAUCGUAAGAUAUAUGUGAAUAUUUAGCAGACAAAAUCCUCCCUUUUAUUCAGUUACAUUAACUAUUGUUUUUUUUUUCUUUAAUUCAAUAAAAAUUAAAAGUUACUUUUUA